AUGGCAGACGCUGAAGCCGGCCACAGACCAACACUGUUGGAUCUCGAAUGGCUGGCUAGAGGUAGUCGUGACGCUGUUCGACUCGGCUAUAUUCCCCCUGCUCCAAAGCCAGUAUCAGAAUUCGAAACUGUGCCGACAGAGUACUAUAACACACGAUAUUAUCCCGGCUAUCGUCCGGAAGGUCCCGCUCCAGAGCAAGUGACUACUACUGUGGAACCGUUCCACCUUGAGAUGCCCACGAAAGGACCACAUGUGUUCAUGCCACCACAGCACUUCCCUGCUCCAUCGUCUCCAACGCUCGCUCCCCGUAUUCCCGCCUACGAAACGUCAAGUGUUAGUCCAGAACUCAUCACAAAAAUACAGUUGUAA